UUGGGAGAAUCCAGCGCGCUCAACCACCAGCAUUAUUGAAAUAAUCUUGUCAUUUGACUAUUUACUGUACCAAUUCGCGGUGGUGUCUGAUCAAUGUGCUUUCAUACUAUUUGCGCACGUUGCUAGGCCUUUGCGCCGUGCCGAAUCACUGUCGGUCUUGCACCCUCAGGCCUGCGCCCGUGCCUUUGGUGCCCUCCUCACAUUGCUUCUAUUCCACGUCCUACCGACUACCAAUUCGACCAUCAUCGAACGGCCACGGCCCAGAUGAUGAGCAAGCGUCAACAUGCCGCUCCUGAGACGUCGGGGGAAUGCCAGUGUACCCAACGAAAGUAGUAUACAACGACCCGCCACUGGUGAUGCCGAACCUGACGCAAAGUUGACGCCGCCCGUCAGCUACAUUGGAGAUGAUGCUGAAGCACCCAACGAACGCCAAAGCCGCGCGUCCUCAGCCACGACGCGACCCGGAACACCACCCAUACAAGAGGAGAACAACAGACACAAGAGAUUCUCCCUGCUGCGCUUUCGUAACGCUUCCGAUUCCCAGCUCUCGCUACGCGCCAAACAACAGGCUGAAAAGCCUCCGCCGCUUCCGCAACCUCCUGAAAUCAUCACAACGGCUCCGACUGGCGAUCUAGGCGGCGUCAAGAAGAAAACCUCACGAAUGAGCCUGGCAGCCGCUCGGUUUCGCCGCUCCAGUGACCUCCCCCGGGACACCAACGAUGCAACAGUAGCGCGGCCAACAGGAGGCCAGAGAAAGUCCAUUGCAGAUGAAAAGGGGCGAUCGUCGUUGGCACCUCUGGAAGAACCUGCGUCACCGCGCACAUCGUCAGCAACUCCCCCAAGCUUCAGUGGCAUGGCACCCCCGUCUCUGACCAACCGCCAAUCCGAAUCCUCUCGCUCAGAUGUCAGCUCCAACGAUCGAGUGUCGCACACGAGCCCGGCCACGACACCCAAGAAGAGUCCGUCGAGCAAUCCAUUCUUCCGCAUGCGCAGGAGUAAGAAGGCGCCCGAGCCGCUCUUUCCGCUCUCCCACCUUCCUCAGAAAGACAAGACCCCCCCAGCUGCCAGUUCUUCGGCAUCCCUAAACGUGGCAUCCACCCCGCGGCCCCCGUCUGCCAGUAGCGGUAACAUCUUGCGAAGUAACACCGACCGACUCGAUGGCCCUGCAUCCCAACGUUCAGGUCCCCCGCCGGCUGCGGCGCUCUUUUCUCAAGGUGCCGAUCUGAGGUCUGGCCAUUCGUCACCGACACGACCCAAUUUCCUCAGGGGCAGGUCCUCCACAAUGAGCUCUAUAGGGAGAGAGUCGACUGAUGACCACCUCAUGCCUCCGACAACCCGCACGUCAUCGUCGACGGGUAGGAAAAGCUUUGGAGACCUACUCGGACUAAGCCGCUUGCGCCAGAAUUCUGAACUUAGUCGCCAGGGCGUCAUCACACCCGCCACGCCUGGGUCGGCUGCCUCCAAGAGCAACUCGCUCCAGCUUGUCAGAGAGGCCGUUACGCUACCGGAAAGGAAGGACGACGAAUCGCCUGCUAAAUACCUAGCCCGUCUAGAGGAAAUACUGACCAGAGGCGUCAUUGCAGCGGUUGUGUCGAAAAGCAGUGACGCCUUCUCCCUCUCCGUACUACGAAGCUUCAUGCGAAGCUUCAGCUUCUUCGGCGACCCCAUGGACAUGGCUUUACGGAAGCUCCUGAUGGAAGCUGAACUUCCAAAGGAAACCCAGCACAUUGACAGAUUCUUGGAGGCUUUCGCAAAUCGCUACCACGAAUGCAACCCUGGUAUUUACGCCACCACUGAGCAAGCAUACUUCAUCGCAUUUUCCCUUCUCAUCCUGCAUACCGAUGUAUUCAACAAGAACAAUCGCUACAAGAUGCAGAAACCGGACUAUCUGAAGAACACGCGCGGUGAGGGUAUCGCCGACGAGAUCCUUGGGUGUUUCUACGACAACAUCACGUACACGCCCUUCAUACAUGUUGAAGACGAGCUCGAUCGCAGGAGCGAGAGGGGCUCCAGGACGAAACGCAAGCAGCUCCUUGGGGCGCCCAAUGAUCCAGCCAAACGGGCUCUCAAGGAGCCUAUUGAUCCAUACACACUCCUCAUAGAUGGCGACCUCGACGCCUUACGGCCCAAUCUCAAGGACGCCAUGCAUCUUGAAGAGCAUUACAACUAUUUAGGUUCUGCGCAGAGUCUUAAUUUGAAGGACCUCUCGAAGACGUUCUUCCGGACUGGUGUGCUUCAGAUUGUCUCCGCCCGGAGUCGACCAGACGCGUUCAUGAAUGACAAUACCGCCACGAACCCGGAUGGGGCUGGUCCCGGCAUUGUGGACAUCAAGGUCACCAAGGUCGGCCUGCUGUGGAGGAAGGAAGCCAAGAAGCGGAAGACUCGAUCGCCGUGGCAGGAAUGGGGUGCGAUAUUGACCGGAGCCCAGCUGUACUUCUUUCGGAACAUCAGCUGGAUCAAGAGUUUGAUGCAUCAGUACGAAUCCCACAUCAAAGCAGGUAACGAUGGGAUCCCGAUCAUCUUCAAGCCCCCCUUGGAGCAGUUCAAGCCCGAUGGUCUUAUGUCGACUCAUGGGGCUGUUGCGCUGCACGACUCGCAGUAUAAAAAGCACAAGAAUGCCUUUGUAUACGUGCGAGCUGGUGGACUCGAUGAAGUACUACUGGCCGACAACGAGGCGGAGAUGAAUGAUUGGCUUGCCAAGCUUAACUACGCUGCUGCAUUUAGCUCAUCGGGCGUUCGCAUGCGAGGAGUUGUCGGCGGCAAUUACGACGGCCAAGGCCGCCGUGGCUUGAGACGCCUGGAUACUACAGAUCCUGCUCAGCUCAUCGACACGCCCACAGGACAAGUAUCGGUGGUCAAGAGCCAAAUAGAUCACCAAAUGGCCGAAGACAUCCAAACAGCAAGACGCGGCUUCAUGAAGAAGAAGAUUGAAGAGGGCGAAGAAAAGGUCAGGGUGUCUCAGCAGGAACUCGAGGGUCAGCUGCGCAACGCACGCCACUUGCAAAUCCUCGCACCCAUUCAGCCGCGGACACGAGAGGGCAUGCUCGCUGCUGCAGCGCAAAUGUCGGCCAGACUGAAGUGGACUCGAAUGGAGAUGUGGAGGGAGAAGUGCCAUCUUGAUAUUUUACGGCUGGACCUCGAGGAGGAUAACCCUACACCACUGUCCCGAGCCACACCACUCACCUCACAGCCGAGUCAGUCAUCUUCACGAGGAAGAGCAUCAUCGCCCCCUUCGCGCUUUUCCUUGUCGCGUGGAGAGUCCAGGGCCAAGCGGCAAUCCCUCAUCAAGAAGGACUCACAGACCCCAGUGGAUUCGCAAGGUCAAACCUUGGCAAGUCCUGUGGAGAACCCCGAGGAAGCUACUUCUCCAUUGGAUCAAGAAUUUCUAACUCCUCUACAGACUGCAGCUGGCUCUGGAGUGUCGAGAGACAUGUCCGGGACGCUGCAUGAAGGAGAUUGUUUGGAAGAAGACCCCAAAUCUGGAGCUAUCGCCCAGCUGUUGGAGCAGACGCCGCAGCCACGAACAGUCAAGGCAAGGCCGCUGUCCAGUGGUAGUCACGAUGACCAUGACGUGGAUGUCGACGCUGAGGAGCGUGACCUGCUGAAACAAGCUGGCUUACUCGAAGCCACUUCGAGUAAGGAGGCAUCUGAAAAGGGGACCAUCUCAAACGUCGGUGAUUCUGGUGAACAGGCUUUAGCACUUGAUCGCGACAGAAAUGACAAGAACAAGAUACGUCGCAGCUUGCAACGGACACUUCGGGAAGGUGCUGGCCACCUUUCCCAUCACCGCAGCAGACGCGGUAAGGAUCGCGAGUCAACGACGGGUGCCAGCGAUGAGCCUGAGCCUGAGAGCAUGCUCGCCCGCGGGACGGGCAGUUUCGUUGUCCAUGGCAAGAAAGCAUCGGUCAUCAACUUUGGAUCGGAGCUGCAAAACAUGUCCCACGAGGACAAGCUCCGGGCUCGCAAGCAGUCCGUGGUGGAUCCGCCAAUGUCUCCAGCUCUCAGCAACGGCGAGGACGACGAUUUCUACUCCGCGGCGGGCGAUUUGCCAGAGUCAGAGGGAACACCUUCACGCAGAGAGUCGGGUGCCAGCGCCAGUACCGCGACUGCGCGGAGCUUCCGCGAGUUACACCGCAAAUUCUCCUCGACGCAUGCUAGUCGAAGUGUUUCGAACAGCCGACGCCUUGGGGUUCCUUCGGAUGGGGAGAGCGAGGCAGCUGUGAGCUUUUCGGAUGGCAGACCCUCCCCCCUGCCCCCGAUUGAAACAGCUGAGGGAGAAGACGAGGAAGAAGACUAUAUUCAGGGAGGGCACGGUGCCACAAUCGAUACGACUGCCGCUGAUGGACAGAGGGAAGACGACGAAUCGCCCACACGCCCCUUGCAGCCGUCUGGUCGUGCUCUGCCCGUUGCAAGCAGCUGAACAGGCGAAACACAUGGGACAGAUCGCCACGGACUUAUUGUACAAUUUUAGCGACGCAUCGGAGUUGGAGACGAAAAGGGGCGAGAUGAGCUUGUAGCGAUAAUACCACCUGAGAACCUCAAAUGCGAUUGUACGCAUGAUGAUGGCGGGCUCGGCAGGGCGCACAUGAUCGUUUCACACAUACACACUCAUCUGGUUAUCUGGGAGCACCUAUAUAGAAUAGAAAGAUG